GAUCAGCUGUGCAUAGAUGUGAAACCCCACCCAAUGAGGAAGGACGAGCCGUGAAGAGCAGAUCCCGGACCGCAACAGCACGAACCUGCACCCAAACCGAGCGCCGUUCAUCAUGAUCGCGUUAUUUAACAAGCUGCUGGACUGGUUCAAAGCGUUAUUCUGGAAGGAGGAGAUGGAGCUGACGCUGGUCGGCCUGCAGUACUCGGGAAAAACCACAUUCGUCAACGUGAUUGCGUCAGGUCAGUUCAGUGAGGAUAUGAUCCCUACGGUCGGCUUCAACAUGCGUAAAAUCACCAAGGGUAACGUCACCAUCAAGUUGUGGGAUAUCGGAGGACAGCCGCGCUUCAGGAGUAUGUGGGAGCGGUACUGUCGAGGAGUUAGCGCUAUAGUGUAUAUGGUUGAUGCGGCCGACCCAGAGAAGAUCGAGGCGUCCAAGAAUGAACUCCACAACUUGUUAGAUAAACCACAGCUACAGGGUAUUCCUGUUCUUGUUUUGGGCAAUAAGCGAGAUCUUUCCGGAGCUCUGGACGAGAAGGAACUAAUCGAGAGAAUGAAUCUGUCGGCCAUUCAGGACAGAGAGAUCUGCUGUUACUCCAUUUCCUGUAAGGAGAAGGACAACAUUGACAUCACACUACAGUGGCUGAUCCAACACUCACGAACCAGGCGGAGCUGAGGAGGCGGCGGCGGCGGCGUCUGAUUGGAGGAACAGCAUCACGUGAUCAACUGUAUUUUAGGCGCUCUUGAUUUGAUUCUAAACAAACAUCCGCUCCUCCCUCUGUUCUUACAAACUAAGAGAUAUUAUUAUUUACGUCAUUUGAAGUUUUUUUACAGUUCAUCAUUAAGUGUGAAUGUGUUUUGAUCGAUGCGUGAUGCGUGACACAUGGCGUUUUAUUUACACAAUUCGUUUGGCGUGUUUGCUCAGAGAUCACGUCCAGUCAGUCAGACGGUUUGUCUCCUGACGCUCCUCUAUCAGAACAAACGCUCUGAGUGUGGUUUAGGGUGUUUUGGUGCGUUAAGUGUUUUCUUUGUGAAUGAGCGAAGUGAAGCGACAUCAUGGUCACAUGACUUGUAGCAUUAAAAAGUACUCUGUAAUUUUAUCUGAGUUUCACACGCACCGCCGAAUGACAACGGUGGGUUGUCAUAGUAACCAUUCCCAUGAUGUCGGCUGCAUAUGUUGAGCUUUAGGAAGGUCAGUUUUGAAUGCAUCAGUGGUCAGUGUUUUGACAAACUUUAUUUGCAUUGGACUGAUUUGAUCCCUGACGAGAUGCAAUACAGUAACCGUAUCAGAUGCUGCUUUCCGUUUAUUACUACACUCACAAUUCAUUCAAGCACAUGAAUUUGUAUCUUUGCGACAGUUGUUGGGUCUUCGAGAACGUUCGUCUUUUGUCUCAGUCGGCCCUGCAGAUGUACCACUGACUCAAAAGUCACGCAACAGUUUCGUGUUCAGUGUGGACAGGCAAAAUCGCAUGUCAUCGGAAACUUGUUGCAUCGCAUCUGGACACUGUGUUAUGUUAACAUGGGUUUAUUCAUUAAAAACGGCAGAUAUGAGUGUUUCAUCAGAACGGUUUUGAGUUCGUCUCAGUUAUCGCUGAAGUUUGUUCAUAUUUUGAGAGGCAGACAUCUUAUUAGUUUACUUGCUUAAUUGUUUCGUUUACAGCCAAUUUCGUUUUGUCGCAUGUGUGGACGUUUUUGGCCUCUGUUGGAUAAUGUAUAUGUACAUUUUAUUUUCGCCGUGCUUUUACGGUUUAUUUUUUAGUGUUUUUGAACUGGAUUGUGUAAAUAGCAACUUAAACCAAAAGAAAUCGCUACGGUGUUUGUCCAAUUGUGAUUAGCGUCCUAUAAUGAUGAUGAUAAUAAUAUUAAUAAUAAUGAAAGUCCCACUCAUAUUCACAGCAAUCUGAACAAACGGAUUGUGUGUGUAUGUGCGUGAAUGUGUGAGUGAUUGUAUUUGUGUGCAUGAAACAUGCUGUCAUGUAGACUAGAAAAACAAUUACUUUUUAAACCGCAGUUUUGUUUCUGUUGAUUUUUGUUACUCGUGAUAAUUUUGUAUUCAACUGUUUAUUCACUAAUGUUACAGGUUUUAUUUCUGUGUACAGUGUUACAGGUUACAGUAGGUGUUUAAACCUCGUCUACGCUAAAAGUGACGUGAAGCAAUGCAACAAAUCGACACUAAUCGCAAGUGUGUGGCUAUCUUCGUUGAUUUUACGAAAUUAACAAAAUUAAGUUACGUCUCAAAGUUUACUUUUACAUAAAGUUGUUUACGAAUUGAAUAUGGUUGCCAUGGUAAAUUUCUGUAAAAAUUGAAUGCAGGUUGUUUACGAAGUAAAAAAAACAAACAAAUUAACAGAUUUUUUACCCCCGCAAAGUUAACAGAAAGUUUUGUAACAAAGUCGUUGAGCAAAAUCUCUUACGCUUGAAUUAUAACUAAGUCAUCAAGUCACACACCGAAAUCGACAUUGACGUAACAAAAUGUUUAAACUUGCUUAACAGAUGAUUUGUUGAUUACAUUUAGUUGAUUCUUACAUAAAAGUUAAGUAACAAAGUCGACUUUGUUUAGCGAAGUCUCUCGCGUUGCAUUAUAACUAAGUCAAUGUCAUAAAAUCGCAUACCGAAAUAAACUUCAACAUAAUUUACAAACUUGCGUAACGAGUCGAUUUUUUUUGGUUACAUUUUGUUGAACGUUACAGAAAAGUUGUGUAACAAGAUAAACUUAGUUAUAAUGCAAGCACGAGAUACUUCGCUAAACAAAGUCAACGUCACAAAGUCGCAUACCAAAAUCAACUUUGAUGUAAUUUACAAACUUGCAUAAUGGAGUAAAUUUUUUUUGGUUACGUUUUGUUGAACGUUACAGAAAAGUUACGUAACAAGAAACUUUGUUUAGCGAAGUAUCUCGCGCUUGCAUUAUAACUAAGUCAAUGUCACAAAGUCGCAUACCGAAAUAAACUUCAACAUAAUUUACAAACUUGCGUAACGGAGUCAAUUUUUUUUGGUUACGUUUUGUUGAACGGUACAGAAAAGUUGUGUAACAAGAUAAACUUAGUUAUAAUGCAAGCACGAGAUACUUCGCUAAACAAAGUCAACGUCAUAAAAGUCGCAUACCGAAAUCAACUUUGACGUAAUUUACAAACUUGCGUAAUGGAGUCGAUUUUUUUUGGUUACAUUUUGUUGAACGUUACAGAAAAGUUACGUAACAAGAUAAAGUUUGUUUAGCGAAGUAUCUUGCGCUUGCAUUAUAACUAAGUCAACGUCACAAAGUCUCAUCGAAAUCAACUUUGACAUAAAAUGUAUGUACUUGCAUGAAGACGAUAACGAAGUUAUCUGCGACAUAACAGUCAUGUACCAAGUCAAUGUAAGAAAGUCGAAUUGAUUUUAACGAAGUUGUGUGCUUGCAGUAUAGACAACUUUGUUGUUCUACUGUAGUUUUGUCGCGUUGCAUCACUCGCUUGUAGCAUAGACACAAUAUUACACUCUGAUCUCUGAACGGUACAUUACUAGCGUUGUGAAACACAAACUACAACUUCAUGAUGUUUUUAUGUUUUUGUUCAUUUGAUUUUUUUUAUUUUUUUAUUAAGUGGCCAUAAUGUUUAUUAUAAAUUGCUAUUGUUUUAAUUGUUUGUAGCAGUGUUGUUGAUUUUCUUUGCUUGGGGAAUAAGGUAAUAUUACUCUUGCGUCCCCCUGCAUGACUCAUUAUGGGAUGGAACAGGUUUCCAUAAUAACUGUAUAAUGAAACUGAAGUUAAUCAACGAGUGAAGACCGAGCCCAAUAAUGUUCAUUACAGAACGUGUUGUCCUCUUUAUAUUUAUCAGAAAGUAACUUUUUAAAGAGGUUGACAUAAGUGUUUCUAUAGAAGACUUGUUAAUUUACAUUUUUCAUUUGAAAUCUUUUUAUUCUCGUCUUGGCGGUGAUAACUGUACAUGUUAUUAUUGUUAAUUACAGAUUAUUUAAAAAUAAAAAUUAAAUGAUUUCCCUCUCA